AUGUCUUUGGGUUCUAGCAGUGAAGCUCCAAAAAGGAAGAAGACUACUAAUCAUUCUUCAUCUUCAUCCUCAACUGGUCAUGAUUAUCCAUCUCUUUGCCUUACCCAUGAGUACAAGAAUUUAAGAGAUGAUCUCUUCACAACAAUGCCACAGAACCCACAUUACAAGCCUUUAGAAAAGUUCACUGCAGGUGUUUGUGAAAAUAUCAAGGUAGGUUUGGAUGUAGUAUUCAUUAACCUUGCAAAGAAAAUGGUGGAGUUGAGUAGUCCUCUUGAGUUAUCAUCAAGUGAUGUACAGGAGGAGUAUAUUGCAACACUAUCACAACUUGAAGAAAUGGGUUAUGAUUGUACAAAGCUAUGGGCGAAAUUUGAUACAUUAAGAGAAAUUUUAGAAGAACAAGAGGGAGUUGAGCUCAAAUUAGAGGAUAUCACUUCAGAUAGGAGAAACAAAGAAGUUGAAGCAACUAUAACUCAUACUAGGAUUUAUGAGUUAGAAGCUAAGUUGAAGAAAUUGAAAGCUGUUUCAAGGACUGAAAAGGAAGAGAUUGAGACCUUGAAGUUAACUGAGAGGAGUCAAAUUGAAGAAAGAGAACAGAUCUUGAGGAACAUUAGAUCUGCUGCCACAGCUCCAUGGUAG